AUGAAUCUUCAAAAAUUGAAUACUUCAAACUAUGACUCAUGGUCAGAACAAAUUGAAGCAAUUCUUAAUCAAAAGAAAUGUUGGCUUGAUUUAGAUGGUGCGGAUGCAGCAAAAGCUGACUAUGCUGCCACUGCUAAGAAAGCGUAUUUCGAGAUCGUUGUUCGAUGUGACAGUCAACAUACUCAGUUCAUAAAGUCCGUCGCAAAAUACGAUUCAGUGAAAGCACUAAAUGCACUUCGCGAUAAAUAUGAAGGAAAAGGCUUGAUCUCUAGAAUUGGAAUUCUACAAAAAUGUCUUCUCAUGCGCCAUCAACAAGGAACAAUAGAAAAGCACAUUGAUGAUUUACGAACCAACUAUCAACUGCUGAAGAAAAAAGGUUUAACAAUUGAAACAAUGCAAGUUGCUAAUCUGAUGAUUACAUUACCUUCUGACUUCGGAAGUGUUCUUGCAAAUUUUAUCAACGUCGACGAAAAAGAAUUAAAUUUCGAAGACGUAGCAAGUGCAAUCCUAGUUGAACAAAACCGAAGAUCAAUUAUUGAAGGAUAUGAUGUCAAUGCAUCAGCAGCAUCAUUUAAUCGUUUCGAUAGAAAGAAAUUAUUGAAGUGCACGCGUUGUGGAAAGAAAGGACAUUUGACAGAAUCUUGUGCACAACAGUCAAGCGUCACACAUCAGCCAAACAUCAGCUGCACCUUUUGUGGAAAAAAGAACCACCAGGCUUCCAGAUGUUUUAAGAAAUUAAAUGAGAAUAAUCGUCAAAAUCAAACGCAAUCAUCUCAUUUCACAUCAAUCAACAACGAAGACAACAAAAACAAUGAAACGUCGAUGUAUGCAAAUCCUUAUCACAAAGCAUUUGUAGCUUCAUCAGCUUCGAUCAAUUCUUCAUUACAAAAUAAACGAAGAAGUGUUUUCAAUCGUCUUUCGUCAGUGAUUGAAGAUGAAGAUGUUAUGAAAAAUUUUUCAAAAAUAACAAUGAACGGCGAUAAUACAAUGAUCAAUCAGACUUCGAAAAGGCAACGGGAAGUUAAUGAAUCAAGUGAUGAAACUGAAGCACCACCAACGCCAGGGAAAAAUCUUAUUUUUGAUAAAAAUACAAAUAAAUAUAGAACUAUUUCUACUAUUGAAAAUGAUCCUGAAAUAGAAAUUCAUUGUAAUGAAAAACCAACAAAGUUAACUCAGUUAAGAGAAGCGGGAAUCAUGGAUCACAUAAAAAAACCUUACUAUGAACUCUACAAAGAAAAGCCAAAUAAUGAUCCUAAAAUAUUAACGAUGGACGAUUUAUCAGCAGGUUUUGUAGUAUUUCUGGUUUUCUUGCUGAUUUCAAUAGCAUCAUUUUUAUUAGAGAUUAUAAUAGCAAAGCUGAUAUUUCUCCUAAGAAACGAGAAAAACUAA